AUGGACGAAAUAAAACAGAUUGUAGUACCUUUGAAAAUUUUGAAAGAAUUCUUGGCGGUACGGUAUUUCACGAGACGGUAUACCGCGAAGCUCGUGCGGUACGGUACGAUACGGUAUUCAAGUACGAAUUUGUAUGGCGGUACGGUACGAUAUAAAUCCCAUUGGAGCGUUAUUCCACCUCAUCAAACUGAUAUUGAUCAACAAGUUCAUACUGUUUUUCGAUAUGAUCCCAUACAAAAAAGACCUUCUUUUGGAUCUAAUACAUAUGAGAUAUAUCAAAUACCACCAACCGAUAGAAAUACUACUAUUGUUGAACCAGGAGUCAUACAUUUACCAUUGAGUUCACCAACACGAUUUCGUCAAGGAGAUGCAGUUGUUGUUCGAUAUACUUUUCGUGGUGCUGCAAUUUAUGGGGAAAAUUCAACUGAUCUUUCUGUCGAAUCAAUUACAAUUUAUACAUCAUGGGGUAUGGGUUUUGUUACUUUCCGAAUAAGACGUUUACAAAUAAAGAAUUAUCAUGUUCUACCUCGUGAUAAUCGUUGGAUGAGUACAAUUGUUGAUUGUAUGCAUUUUAUUGAUACGAGAGAAUAUAUUUCAAUCAUUGAUAGUGAAUGUUAUGGAAUGGGUGAUGAUGGUUUAAAUGUCCAUGCUGUUUUCUUUCUUGUUACGAAAAUUAUUGAUACGCAUACAAUUAUUAUUGAAAUAAAAAGUCUGGACACAUUUAUAAAUUUUGAUAUCGGAACAAAUUUAGAAUUUAGUAGUAAUCAAAAACCAUUUGUUGUAUAUGGAAAUGGAUUAGUUACAUCGAUUUCAUCUACGAAUUCAAGUAAUUCAAGGAAAAUUUCUUUUAGAAAUCCAGUUAAUGUUAGUGUUAAUGAUUGGGCAUGUAUUGCUGAUACACCUUUACUUACAAUACGAAAUUUGACAGUAGCGAAUAAUCGUGCUCGUGGUGUUCUUUUAGAAACACGUAAUAUUGAUAUAAGACAAUCAUUAUUCUAUCGUACUAGUGGACCUGCUAUUCUAAUUCAACCAUCAUUGUAUUGGUAUGAGGGUCCUGAGGCUCGAAAUGUUUCAUUAAUUGAGAAUAUUUAUAUGGAAAAUAAUGAAGGUCUUACACAAACAAAAGGUGUUAUAACUAUUGUACCUAGUCCAAUUAGUUUAGUUCCUGUCAUUAAUGAUAUUCGGAUUGCAUCAUCAUCAUUCUAUCUUGGAUCAUCAAGUCAAGGACUUUUGCAAAGUGAUAAUAUGAAUAAUCUAUAUCUGAUAGACAAUUAUAUUGCCACAAAUAUGUCAACACCACUCAUAAGUAUUUGUAAUAGUCGAAAUAUAUCAGCAACAAAUAAUUGUGUUUUUAAAAUCAAAUUGGAUCGACAAAAUCAUUCCAUACAAUUCAAUCAAACAUAA